UGUGCCGAGUUUGUGCUAAUGAGCAAUCAGUUGAAAAGAUGGUCAAUAUUUUCGUAACCAACGAUCACGGCGAAAGCAUUGCCACUUCGAUCAUUGAACUAACAGGAUUGGUGGUAAUUGAAAAUGAUGGUUUACCUAGCUUAUGCUGUGUGCAGUGCCAAUCAGACCUGAGCGGUUCCCUAGCAGUCCGUCGCAAAUGCCUCGAAUCAGAAAAUGCUCUAAAAGUCAUGCUUCAAAUAACCCCAUCAAAACAACACAUUCAGGAACUUUCCAUCGAAGAAGAUCGGAAACCAGAUUUAUCAUUAUUAAUGGAAUGUAGUGUUGCAAACGAAACAAGCCCAAAACGCACAUUGAAUCACAUAUGCUGCGGAUGUAGAUCAAGCUUCGAGACGGAAAGUGAAUUGAUGAAACAUUCCCGUUUGAUACACGCCACCAAUCCACCUUUGCCAGACCCAACGAGACCAUUCCAAUGCAAUGUAUGCUAUCGAUGGAUCAAGACACAGAAAGGUGUAGAGUUGCACAAAAGACGGCUUCAAGUAAAAAAUUCAAUCCAGCCAUUCGAGAAUCCCUUCACUGCGUAUGAUGAGAAAUCGAUAGCAAAUGAUAAUUCUAAUAUCUUUGUUGGAGAGUUUGCCAGUGUUGAUGGCAUAAAACAAGAGGAUCCUAUCGAAGUCGAUGUUAACAAAAAUUUGGAAUGUAGCAUUUGUCGAGCAUGCUUUCUAGAUGCAAGCUCAUUCGAUGAACAUAUCGAAAAGUGCAAACAAGAAGCAAACAUUGGUUGUAUUGCAGUUGCCAAUAACAUCAAAGUACCGGGUGAUACAGCUGAUGAUGCACCCACAAUAAGAGGAGUAGAUAAAUACUAUAAACAUGAUGCAGCCAAAUCAAAGGAUUCAACUCGGCAAAGGCACACAUGCUGUGGAUGUCUAAAAAGCUUUGACACUGAAAACGAAUUGAUAGUACAUUCAAAGGCAGUACAUGCCCCUGAUGCACCUGAACCGGACGACGUAGCUCCAUUUCAAUGCAACAUAUGCUACAGCUUGCAUCAAACAGUCCGUGCCGCUCGGAUUCAUCGGUCGCUUACGUGCCUGCGUAGCUUUUGUUGCAAGGUGUGUCAAGCAUCGUUUAAAAGUGCUGCCGCCCGAUUAAAGCACCAUCAUAGAUAUCACACGGACCAGCCCACGCAGGCUGUUUCAAUACGGAAGAUCAAUAGGCGUGUUGAAGGCGUAGAGACAUCAUCAGUAAAAUCUCAAAAUGGUUUAGCAGAAGAAUCAAACAAAACGAAAAAUGUGUCCAUGCCACCAGGUUCGAGUCAACAAUAUGAUCGUGCUCACGGUUCCAAUGCAUCUACAACAAGUUAUAUACCAGCAGAAAACGACGAUGAAAAUUGCAGUGCAGAAUCAAAGGAUUUAACUCAGGAAAAAUACAAGUGUUGCGGGUGUCUAGUUCAAUUCGACAAUGAAAACGAAUUGAUGGAACAUGCGCAAGCCGUACACGGCUCCAAUGCAUCGAAACCGAACGAGACAAACCCAUUUCAAUGUAAGGUUUGCUACCACUUGUUUGACACAGUUCGUGCUAUGAAUAUCCAUCGGUCCCAUUUCUCCCAGCGCAGACGUAGCUGCAAGGUGUGUGGUGCAUCGCUAAAAAAUGGAAUCGCCGUUUUAAGACACCAAAAAUGCCUCUUAAAACCCGAGAACCAUUAUCCUUGUAGGCUUUGCGGUGAAAAUUUUACCUAUUGGAUCUCUAGAAAAAAGCAUGAACAAAAUGAGCACCACGAUACAAUCGAAAAAAGUUAUAAAUGCUGCGGGUGUUGCACUCAGUUCCGUACGGAAAAGGAACUGCUGUACCAUAGCCGUUCGGUACAUGCCCCCUGGGCGCCACCGCCAGCCCAAGGGAGACCAUUUCAAUGCAAAACCUGCUAUCGUAGUUUUAAGACUGCGGGUAAUCUAAAAACCCAUGUGGAUUCAAAAAAAUAUUCGUUUCAGUGUACAACGUGCGAAAAACAGUUUUCAUGCUAUUCCUCCCUAAUCCGACACGAAAAGUUGCACAACAAAACCACGCGCCCAUGCAAAUACUGUAGGGAAACAUUCUCAAAUAGAUUCGAAUUAAGGAAACAUGAAUAUGGUGUCCACAAAGAAGAGCGAGCAAAUUUACUGCAACACGUUUGCUCUGUGUGUGGGAAAACUUUCCGCAGUGCUGAUUACCUUAGAAUACAUACGAAAUUGCAUGCUGAUGCCACACCAUACAAAUGUUUUUGUGGUGCUCAGUUCAAGCUGAAAGUAUACUUAACAUCGCACAGGAAAACGGUGCACAAUGAAGGGCACACUUGUAAAUACUGUAAAAAGAGCUUUCCCUACGCUUCCUUACUGAAGGAACACGAAAACCAGCAUAGGGGAAACAAAGAAAUUCAAUGCGAAUUUUGCGGUAAAGAAUUCUACACGAGCUCCUCUGCCAGACACCAUAUGCAGAAAGUACACGGGAAAAUUAAGAAACGUGCUUAAUGAAUGGGGGAAAAGCAAAAGGAAAAAACAAACAACGUACUAAAUAUUUUGAAAUGUAUACCUUGCUGUGCAUUCGUCUCAAACGAAACGAAAAAACUUGUUUAAUGGAUUCAGCUGAACAUUCUAACAUAACUACAUAUGUAUUCACUUAUUUUAAAAUGCGCAUGACUUCUUUUUCCGAUUUAACCAAUAAGUCGUUGUAAUGUUUGAUGUUAAUAAUAAAACCAAAUAAAUUUCUAAA